AUGGCUUUUGAGUGGACUAUUGUUGACGAGAUUCGACUGUACCGAUGGGUUGCCGAGUUUAAGCCUGCGGGUGUCCACAAGCAUUUCCAUAUGCUCUGCAUACUGGAGAGGAUGAACGAUCCGGAGAAGUAUCCGGUGAUCCUGUUGCAAAAAGAAGCGGUUAGGCCGGCGAAGGUGUUUACCGCGAAGGAAAUAUGGGUUAAGCUGGGCUUGGCGUAUAAUCUUGCAGAGGUCGACAGGAUCGAAGACCGAGAGCUCGGGCAGACGUCGGGAAAUGAUGGCGACGAGUCGAGAAAGGGACUCCGAGAACGGAUGCGGCGGCUGCGAGAAGUUAGGGAUUUUGAGUUACCAUGGGACGAGUAUGGUGAGCUGAUACUGGAGAAUGCAAGAAAUGGAGUUGAAGAAGAGGCGCGAGAUCACACCGACGCAGAAAAGCUGGAGGAGUCCAGAACCCCAGAGCCGCAUGUUUCUGAGCGGGAGGAGACUGGCAGCACCGGAAGCAAACGCAGAUCGACAAGGAUACGGCAAUCGCGGCGGUUAAAGCGAUCGAGGCCCAGCAGCGACGACGACGCAUCGUCCAAGGAAUCUUCAGACGGUGAGCUACACGACUCUGCCAGCGUAAAGCCCAAGGAAGGCCCACAGGAGCAGCGGAAGCAGGAGGGAGCCGGCGAGGGAGAGGAUGCCGGGAGCAGCGGAGAUCUGCCCUUAGCUAAAAGAACGAGACAUUCUUCGCAGACGAGAACCAGCAGCGAGCCUUCGCCCAAGAGGAAGAAACGUGCCGUCGAGCAACCAACUGCAGCGGCGCUUCCGACAAGAGUCUCGAGCAGGCUGCGCAACCGGAAGCAAUGA